AUGCCCUAUGAAAGGGCUGUAAAUGCUGUUGAUAAUUCAACGCUUCCUUUGGGAGUGAUUAGGGCAGAAUUAAGAUACUUAUCCCACUUGAUAAGGGAUGAAGAUAUUUUUAUGAAGGAAAUUUAUGAAAUGAUGGACAAAAAAAUCAAUGUUCUUAAGACUGAAACAAUUUUAAGCAAGGUGAAAUGCAUUAUGGAUGUAAUAAGAAUAUGGUAUGAUAAAGAUUAUGAGUCCAUAAUAUCUCUAGGAGUCUACUCAACAGGUUGUUUUGGUCUUCCUCGAGGUAUAGUGAUGUCACAACCAGUGUGUUUAAGUAAGGCAGGGUAUUUUGUUCCAUGUGAAGACUUUCCAGUGACAAAACACUCUCAAGAACGAAUACUAAAAAUUGCAAAAGGUUUACGGCAUUGUAUAGAACAAGUAAAGAAACAGGAAGAGGAACAAAAGAAAAAAAUGGCAAUAGACAAUCCUUUGUACACAAUGCUUUAA